AUGAUAUCAACAGCAGCUGUAACUCUCAAUUUUAUUUCAUUCAUUGGAACUAUAUUUAUCGGUGUCAUAUGCAUACUUAUGCUUAGCAUACUUUUACCAUCAAUUAUACGCAAGCAUGAUUUAGUUUUAAUUUUAGUUGCUAAUAAUUAUUUAGCAUUAUUAGUCUUUGCACUUGUAGCUAUACCAAGCAAUUUUGAUCUGGUUCGAGGUGAUUAUAAUUUGUAUAUUGGUAUGGAAACACUUAGUUGUCGUAUUAGAGGAUAUGUGAUUUAUUCAUCUCUGGCUAUUAUUUUUCAUUGCUUUCUAUUACAGGUAAAAUUUUAA